AUGUCCGGCACCGUCAUAAUAACCGGCGCCAACGGCUCCGUAGCCCUAGGCUUCGUCGACCAUAUCCUCUCGUCCUACCCAUCGUACACCCUUCUCGCCACCGUCCGCGACCCAUCCGACGCCAACUCUGCAAAGCUCUCUAACAUUACAACCUCGAAACCCAACGCAAAGGCUCACAUCGAAGCUCUCGACCUUUCUUCCCUCGCGGAUGUACGAUCGUUUGCUGAAAAGACGGCCGAGAGGGUCAAGAGUGGAAAGUUGCCGCGUAUCAAGGCCAUUGUAUGCAACGCUUUCACCUGGUCUUUAUCAGAGACCAAGUACACGCAAGAUGGCCUCGAGGCAUCCUUCCAAGUCGGACACCUGUCACACUACCUCCUCAUCCUCAAACUCCUCGGAUCCAUGGCUUCUGACGGGAGGAUUGUCCUCCUCGGCUCCAACACGCACUAUCCCGACAGACCACACCCGCUCACCAAGCUCAUCGCUCAGAUUCCAGAGGACGUGGAGCAGAUCGUGAAGCCUUUGCCUGAUGAGCCUGGGCAGGAACAUGAUCGUGGGUUUCAGAGGUAUGGGAUUGCCAAGUUGGCGAAUGUCAUGUUGAUGCAUGAUCUCAACACAAGGUUCAAAAAGGAUCCAAACCUCUCGGGUAUCACAGUCACGGCAAUGGACCCAGGCGGCAUAGUCGACUCCCGCGCGCACACGGCCCAAAAACCCGUCAUCCGCUUCGUCCUCGGCACGAUAUCACAUCUCCUCCCCCUUACAAAACACAUAACAAGUUCAUUCCGUCGCUCCGCAGACGCGGGCAAAGACCUAGCAGAGUUGAGCGUCGGAAAGGGGUUUGAAGGUAUAAGGGGAUAUUUCCUGGGCGUCAAGAGGGAAGAGGAGGCUCCGAUGACCAAGGAUGAGGGUAAACAGAAGAUUCUGUGGGAGGCAUGUUGGAAGUGGGCGGGAUUGGAGGAGGGGGAGACGGUCUUGGUUGGUGCUGCGCCUUGA